AUGAUGAGGCCCCCACGGAUCCAUCGCCUCGUCUCGCCCCCCCGAGCCGCGUUGUUGCCCCUUGACAAACUCGGUCGGGAUGGCGAUGCGGUAUUCGUCCGGUUUCAUCAGCGUCGCCAGCGUGGCGCCGCAUCUGCCGCCCCCAAGAUGCCCUUGACCAGUCGCUCCACGCUCAUGACCGACAGGGUCCCACCGCCGAAGCGGUCCGGCUGCAGCACCUGGAGGGCGAAAAAGCGAGGCGGUGGCUCCCAGACUCUAGCCGCGCGUGGCACUGUGGGCGAGGAGGGGGGCGUGAUGGCCGUGCCGGGCAUGCAAGCUCCGGAUCAGCGCCUCGAGAUAUCUGCUCUCGUCGUCGGCGAAUUCGAGCGUGACUUUGAGGAUGCCGUCUUGCUGGAGGCGCUGGGCCACCUGACGGACAUGGUCCGCAUCUUGGCUACAAGAGAUGUGAGGUGCUUUCAGAUGAGGGACAACCAGCUGGGAGUGUUCUCUGUCGGUAUACAGGAGCCUCUGGUAGCCGGUGGAUGGUGCCCCGCGAAUCUCGCACGUCUGGUAGCCCCCAUCAUGCAACUAUACGGGGCUGGAACUGGCUUGCCUGAGCAAUCCUAA